AAUAAAAACUAACCAAUAAGAUGCCAUCGUGUUGUAACAAAACUCGGACACGUAAUGGUCGGCAUUAUAGUCUGUGCUUGACGUGAAUAGCGUGCGAUCAAAUCGUGAGUGUCUAGUGAGUGGUUGUAAAGUUUUUAUUCAGCUAAAAAUGCGUUACCUUUUCAUUAUUCUUUUUACAAUGUUUCUACCCUUCUCAGGCGGAUGUGGAACUUCUACUAUCUGUCCCUCUCCACUUCCACUCUCCAAAAAGGAAAAUCGCCUUCUUGCUAAACAAGUGCUAAACCUGUUGGGAAUUACCAAACGUCCUCCCAAGAUACCCCAAGAAAGAAUGACGUACGGUGCUAAAUUCAUGCUGGAAUUAUAUAAAGUAGUCCAGGAAAGAGCCGAAGAUGGCAACAGGAUACGGCGUACCCUGCCAUCUCUCAGAACAGACGAAAUUUAUAAAACCGAGAUGAGUGAUGUUGUUGUAUCAAUGAGUUGCGUUGAUAAAAAAUCGCUUGGCCAAAAGCUAAAACUAGAGUUUAGUUUGGAUAGUGUACCGAAGAAGGCGAAGCUGAUCGGGGCAGAGCUAAAACUGUUCCAGACAUCCCAGCAGAUCUAUAAUAUGUUUCUUAUAACGGUUUACAGAGGCAAAAAGAUGAAGAAGAUGGUAGAAAAAGUCAUCUCCACAGGCUACGAUGGGUGGCUUUCUAUGGAUAUUUCAACACUAUUUAACUAUUGGUUACAUAACCCUCUGGCAAGCCCCGUACUAUAUUUAACGGUUCAUCCUUAUGAAGGGGACUUCUUCAAGGAGCAUCAUCCUGCCACCAUCGGUUUGGACCUCUUGGAAAACGAGCCAUUCAUAAUUGCUUAUCUUCAUGCUAAUAACCAGGUUAACAUGCGGUUUCCAAGGGACGUUAGCUUGGAAACUCGUGCGCGUGACUUGCAUGACUUGUUUAAGCAAGAGCGGUGCGGCAUGAAGACACUAAAAGUUUCGUUCCAUCAGCUGGGCUGGAGCGAUUGGGUGAUAGCUCCCGAAGGAUACACCACUUACUUUUGUCAAGGACCGUGCGAUUUCCCAAUAAAGUACCCCAAUAAGGCAACAAACCAUGCUAUAAUCCAGAGUUUCAUGAAUUUGAAGAAUCCAGGAAAAUUCCCGAAACCUAGCUGUGCCGCCACUGAGACGAGUCAGCUCUCGGUAUUAUAUAAACAACGAGAAAAUACAAUUUUAAAAAAUUAUAAGAAUAUGAUUGUAAGGAAGUGCGGAUGUCAGUGAAAUAUUUAAGAUUUUUCUAUUAUUUUUGUU